AUGGUGCUGGAACUGCAUAUCUGGGGACCGGCCUUUUCCCUGCCCUCCAUCGACGCGCAAUGUCUGGCCACGAUCGCCUAUUUCUCGCUGGUCGUGCCCAAGGACGCGUGGGUACUCGUCGCAAGCAGUGAUCCGACAGUGUCUCCAACCAGUGCGUUCUCCCACACAUCAUAUGCUACACCCUCGCUCACAACCCCAGAUGAACUCCCUGCCCUAAAAAACGGCUCAACAUGGGUCAGCCGCUUCCGCAACAUCGUCGACUACCUGCGGCAGUACUCGCACGGCGAAUGGGACCUGGACCACAAGCCCACCAGCACCGGCGAUAGCACGCAACGCCGCGCCGACAGCAUCGCCUUCGCCUCCUUCCUCGAAUCCCGCGCCCAGCCCCUCCUCGACCUCUCCCUCUACGUCACCAGCCAGAACUACGCGCAGGCCACCGCCCCGGCCCUCGCCGCCCUGCUGCACUGGCCUGCGCAGUGGCUCGUCCCGCCGCGCCUCCACGCCGCCGCCAAACACCGCACCGCGCCGCUCGGCCUCUCCGCCCUCGACCUCGCCGCCAUGGACGAACAGCGCACCCGCGACCUCUCCGCCGCCGUCGCCGCCGGCCACCUCCCCGAGGCCUUCCUGCACAACCGCGCCCUGACCGCCGCCCGCGACGCCUCCGCCGCCUCCGCCGCCCUUGCCCGCUCCCAGUUCCGCCUCGACGCCCUGACCGCCGACCUCUUCGCCCCGCUCGAGGCCCUCCUCGCCGGCGGGGCCUACCUCCUCACCGACGAGCCCGACGGCCCCACCACCCUCGACUGCCUCGCCACGGGGUACCUGGCGCUGGCCCUCGUCCCGGACGCGGCUGGCGCAACGUCACGAGAAAGAUACGAGAAUGAAAAGGAUGGAAUCACUCCAAUAGUAUAA